AUGGCUCACCCAAGCUCAAUUAUUCAAGCAACCAAGCGACUCAUGGAAGACCUCAAUCAGACUAUACAAUCAGAAAGGAAAGGCCCUACUGUCACUACUAAACCCACACGUUGGGAAGCUCCUCCUCAAGGUAAACUCAAGCUUAACUGGGAUGCUGGUUUGGACAAGAUAAACAACAAGGUGGGGAUUGGAGUCAUAAUCCGUGACUGGGAAGGUACAGUGAGAGCUUCACUAAGGAUGAACCACAACAUGUUCCUGGACCCUUUACUUGCUAAAGCCUAUGCAGUCUUUCAAGCAUCUACAUUCCUCAAGACCCUCGGCUGGCAGAAUGUGAUUCUAGAGGGAGACUCUUUGCAAGUUUUCAAUAGCCUCAAGUCAUCAGAAGUAACAAACUCUUAUGUGGGCAUUCUAUUAAGGGACACAAAGUCAAUCCUAGACUCUUUCACCAACUGGUCAAUUAAGCAUGUUAGGAGAGCUUGUAACUCCUUAGCUCAUGCAUUAUGUCAAGAUACUCUAAGCAUCAGUGAUAGUACUGUCUCUUUUGAUACUAUCCCUUUUUGUAUCCAAACUUUGAUCUAA